AUGAUAGAACAAGUACGUCUUCAAGGGUCGCAAAUUGGGCGCCAAUCGACGGACAAUGUUGCAGAAGAGAAGGGAUAUCGGCAUGCUUUCUUAAUCCUUGAAGCCCCAAAGAAUAAGAUUUCGAGCUCUACCCAGAAACACUUCUUUUGCGCGGAAUCCGAUAAAGAAAGAGAUGAAUGGGUCAACGCUAUGGUUGAGUAUACCGAAAACGAUCCGAUAAAGGCACUGAAGCUGUACCCUGAAGCUGUCGAACAAAGAAAGCCACCUAAACCCCAGGAGGCUUCCCUACUAAAGCAAAACGCGCUAAACAAGGAGGAAGAGCAGCUAAAGGACCCUAAAGAUGUAAAAAAACUUCGAAAAAGGAGUCUCUUUCCUUUCAGAUACAAGGGCCAACUGUACGACACGGAUGAUGAUAGUGGAUGCACACCCGAAGCUGAUUUGGGAGGCUCAUUGACCCUCGAAAGCCACUUGGCAUCAAUGGACUUGACUCAUGACCGAUUCACCCCCGUUUUCGGUAACAAUUUGACUGAAGCAGUUUCGUUAUCAUCCAAAGUGUUGGAUGGUAAGCAGAUCCCCACCGUCUGUUUUCGAUGUAUUGACUACUUGUCUCGAACAGGAGCAAUUUACGAGGAAGGUAUCUUUCGCUUAAGUGGAUCGGCAUCAACUAUUCGUCUCAUAAAGGACCAGUUCAAUCGGGAACUUGAUGUUAACCUCUUUGACCAUCAUCUCAAACCCGACAUACACACUGUUGCGGGCUUAUUUAAAACGUACCUUAGAGAGCUCCCGAGCAGCAUAUUUGGGGAGAACGAAUACGUCCUUUUGCAACGAAUUAUAUCUGACGACAAAGGCAUCAUGUCAAAAUCUCAACUCGCCAUUCAAAUCCGAAACUUUAUCAACCAUGAUGUUUCAAAGAGUCCAGUGAACUAUGAUUUUUGCUUUACAGUGUUCAGGCUCUUGAAGGCCGUCGUUGACCAAUCUUCAACUAAUUUGAUGACCUUAAAAAACAUAUGCAUCGUGUUUGUGCCUACUCUACGGGUUUCACUUGAUAUAUUGAGUCUUUGCAUUACAGACUUUGAUUGUAUUUUCAUGAAUGGGAGACCAAUGGAUGAUGACAAACGCGAGCCUUUGGACUUACAGAUACCGUCUUUUUAA